AUGAGCGGGCGCCCUAGGACCACGUCAUUCGCCGAGGGCAGCAAAUCCGUUCGAAAGACAUUUGAAAAUCAACCACCUAAACCACCUUUAGGAGGAGUAAAAAUUAGUACUUUGGAGACCAUGUCUGAUGGUAAGAUUGAAAGUCAAUACUUUGCACUAAGUAUGGUUUCCAUAGCAAAAGCAUAUUGGAUUUGUCAAGAAUGUGUUUAA